AGAAGAAUUUAAAAAUAGGCCGACAACAAAGGACGCACCUUGUCAUGACGACUAUCGAAAUGAAGGGGGCGGCAAUACGUCUCUGCUGCGCUCUAGACUGCCAUACCGACGAAGAAGAAGAAGAAGAAGAGGGAGGAGGCGAAAAAGAAAAAGAAGAAGAGUUACCUAUUAGCUUUGCCGACAGUUCUACCAGGACCGAAAUUAUGUGACGUUGCUGUGUCCGACACCAAAACAAAGCUGACAAACAGAUAUAAAUAUGAGGUAAAUGUGUGAAAAAGGACGUAAACGGGACAGUCAUCCGCUAACAAGCUACAGAGCUAAUUAGCGGCGUCUGCAGCUUCCCAGCAGCGGAAACAUCAGCAUUGUCCGGAUCCAGUAGAGGCCAGCAGCACCUCCGAUCCGGUCUGACUGGACCCAGCAGGUCCCAGAAACAUGCAUGCGGAGUUUCGGGCACCACGGCGACGGGCCCUGGUACGGGAGGAGUACGAGGGUCCGCUGCCUGUGAGCCGUAACCCAGAGAAGAGGGAUCACUUCAGGGCAGAACUCGUCAACCAACACGUGCUGGUCUGUCAUCCAGACCACAUCCAGAAGAUCCACUGUCAGUCCACAUGUCGAAGUGUCCUCAUUUGCAUAGCCAUGGAAGUUUGUCGUUUCCUAGUAAUAUUGUAUAAUAACAUUUUUGUUUCUCUUACAGAACACAAAGGCUUGUUUCUACCUGUCGUCUCACAGUCCAGGUAUGAGCAGCUGCUGAGGUUGGCAGGGGAAGCUCUCUUUGCUCAGGGAUUGGAUGAAGAAGCUAUCAGUCAAACCCUGCUCAGACUGUCUCAGCCAGUAAAAAUGGAGGAAGUGAGGAGGGCGCUGGAAGGGGGAGAGAAUGGACAGAGAGGGGAAAAUCAGUGGGAAGGACCUGGAUCAGAUGGUGGAGGUUGUCCCCACACAAAGACACUGAGGCCGGGGUCAGAUGUUGAGCCACAGGCCAAGAGCAGCUGCAGCUUAGACACACAAGACCUGAACCACAGCCAAGACCCUGAUCCCAGCUCAGACCAGGACUCUGACUCCACCCCUGAUCCUGACCCAGUUUCUGAUGCCAGCUCUGACUCUGAUCCUGAUCCUGAGCCUUUGGUUCCAGGUCCUAGUUUUGUCCUGGUGGUCUCUGACAGUGAGUUUGAUGGGGGGGUCAGGGAGAUCCGGCGUACUCCAUUCUCUCUCCCAGAGUACCUGCAGCUCAGUCUGGAGGAGGCCUUCUUCCUGGUCUACAGCCUGGGCUGUCUGUCUGUCUACCUGCACCAGGAACCCCUGUCAAUCAUGGAGCUGUGGAGGAAAUUCCGGUCCCUGCGUCCUGACUUCAUCAGCUCGUACGCAGCCUAUCAUCACUAUCGCAGCAGGGGGUGGGUCCCUAAAGGAGGGGGGGCAGCCAAAUACGGCGUUGACCUCAUGUUGUACAGGAAAGGCCCACCUUUCUACCAUGCCAGUUAUUCCGUGGUAAUUGAGCAGGUGGACGAUGCGUUCACGGGCUCGGUGUUGCGUCCAUUUUCAUGGCGCUCUCUGGCGGCUCUCAGCAGGAUCACUGCCAAUGUGUCCAAGGAGCUGAUGUUGUGUUACAUCAUCUAUCCAGCUGACCUAUCAGAGGCUGACCUGGAUUCACCUGUGUGUCUGAGCAGACUGAAGGUUCAGGAAGUGAUUGUCAGCAGGUGGGUGUCCUCCAGAGAGCGAGCGGAGCAGGAUGACAUGAUUGGCUGACGGGAGACACUGAUGAUAUCACAGUGACAGAAUAGUGAUGUCAUAAAGAGACUGAUGACAUCGGAGCCAGAAACACAAAGACAAGCAUGGACAUCCUGAAAUAAAUAUUGUGUAGUUUUUUUUAUUAAUAAAAAUGAAAAAACUGAA